AUGGCUCCGGGAGAGAAAGAUCAUCAGGGUACCAACCGUAUAGUGUUGGUGAAGAAAAUUAUCAUGAAAGAUGGGCCCACGGUAUGUGAAUGAAUCGUCUUUAUUUAGGUAUCCUAACAAUUGUAACCGGGAAUGUGUAUGUAACAAUGUAACCGAUGUUCACAUAAACCGCAAACGAUGCAGCAUCAGCUGUGAGGCUAUGACAUAAGCGGACAUUAUGCACUCAGCAUACAGUGCACCACACGCUAUUGCCAAACAGCUUUGACAUGUUGAUCAAUUUGUUAAUAGAUUAUCAAUAGUGAUAGGAGAUGGUUACAUCGCAAUGUCUUUUGGAAGGACGCGGCCGGUAAUAUAUCGGGGUUGCAUCUUGCGGAAGGCCUAGCUGCAGAUAGUUUAUUGAAUGAAGACCGUAUAAUAUUGUCAUGCCGCUGCCAAUAGCCUACUGUAUUACAUAACAUCCCCGGCUACCUCUCAAUGCAAUCUGUUUGCAUGAUAAUUCCAUAAUCAUAUUCAUAGACUGGUUCAUUAUCAUGAUAAUACCUUUUGGUUUUUUAGAUGCAUAAGGCCUAUUUGUAUCUAUUUUGUAUAGAUAAUAGAGUCCAGAUCCCCCUGCAAUAAAAAAACAAACACUUUUAUUUAUUGCCGCAACCUCUAUCCUUUCAUGAACUGUUGGUGUUGAUGAUGUUGGAGGUGCUCCAGGCAGGUUGUUUGUCCCACAGUGCCCUCGGAUUUAAACCUCCUCAUAGGCUAAACAUUAGCCAAUAGCCAGCUGUUAGGACCAUAGGUGUUACCAUGGUGUUUCCUUGGAAAGGAAAGGUGACCUGGACCAAAAACAAAAUUACAGAUGGCCUAAUUUAAAAAUAAACAAUAUUCUAUUCUAUUAUGUAAUCUGAGCUAUCACAUCAAAGUGGAUUGGGACAUUCAUUUUAGAUCAGCGGUUUUAUUUGUAGCAAACAACACAAAUAAACGCUUAGGCCUAAGUCUAUUUUCCACAGCAUGGUAAGCAAGCAGUGAUUCAAUCUCCAUUAGGCCUGGCUACUAUGUAUGUCUAAUUUCUCAGUUUAGACAAGGUGAUGAUAACGUGAUUCGCCCCUUGCAUGACAGCGAGCUGAGAUCACAACCACAUCUCAAUCUCCUCCAGUCCUCACUCACGCAUACAUAUUACAUACACACAGGAAAAACUUGGUGCACUCACUGUGAGGAAUAGGGAAUUGGGGGCCCCAUCUCAUCUCCACUGUUAUGCAACGGCCAUGUCCCAAGCUUCCCAAGCUGCAGGCUGCCUCACACUGUGCUGUGAAGUAGCUAGGGGCCUGUGCUAAUCUAUCUAUCUUUUCUAUGCCAUUGCCUUCCUCAAAUACCACUGCUGUCUGUCCUUGCUCAGGGAUGUCCUAGGAGACAAUGGCCACGUGGAUGUCUUCAAAUAGCAAAGUGACUGAUUCACCUUGACAGAGAAGCAGUGGGCUCUUUUUAUUGAUUAUUUUGAUUUGGACUCCUCUUGACCAUCUCAUUCAGAAAGAUCUACAGUAUCAGAGUGUAGAUCAAUAAAUGGUUGCUUUAGGAAAUUGUUUUCCUAAUAGUGCAUAUUGUAUGUCUGCUUCAAAAAGAAUAUACUGCACUUGUCAAAAUAAGUCCAGGCACUCAAAUAUAGCAAACCCAUUCACAGGGUCCUGAUAAUGAUUUUAUAUGCUUUGUGAUUAUGGUGAAAAGGUGGUUGUUUAUCAUCUCAAGUGACCUUUUUGAAACGCUGUUUACAUUUUUCUCACACUGUAAAAGCUGCUAAUUUCCGUAGUGUAUGUUUUAACAUGGAAUACAAUAUGUUCUAAAAUGGCCGACUUUCUUUCCUGUGUGUUGCAGCCGGGCCAGGGCAUUGGCAGACCCAGUGUCUCCCAUGCUGUGGUGGUCAUCUUCCUGGAGUUCUUUGCCUGGGGUCUCCUUACCACUCCAAUGCUGACAGUGAGUUACAUCUCUAUCUGGCCUGCCUGGUUAUCAGCUUAUCUGUCUAAUUGGUCUUUUGACCAACCAGAUCAGCUUUGAAAAAUAUCUGACGUGAAAAGAUCAGAUGUGAUUGGUCAAAAGACUAAUUAGUGCAAAAAAGAUCCGAAUUAGACUGCCUCUGUAAACGCAGCCAAAUUCAUAUGUUUUUCCAUUUACACAUGCAGCCUAAUUCGGAUCUUUUUCCACUGAUUAAUCAGAUAAGCUCUUUUGGCAGUAAUUGGGCAAAAUAUCAGAAAUGGCCUAUCUAGGUCUAUCUACACCAGGGGUGUCAAACUCAUUCCAUGGAGGGCCUACUUUCUGCAGGUUUUUGGUUUUUCCUUUCAAUUAAGACCUAGACAACCAGGUGAGGGGAGUUCUUUACUAAUUAAUUAUCUUAAUUAAUCAAUCAAGUACAAAGGAGGAGUAAAAACCUGCAGACACUCUGCCCUCCGUGGAAUGAGUUUGACACGUGAUCUACACUGAAAUAAAUAAAGGUUCUUAAAUGGUUCUUCCUCAGCUCUUAAGGUUCCUUGAAGAACUCUUGCCAAAUAAAUAACAUUUGAGUUAAGUGUGGUGUACUUGAUGUGGCAUCUACAGUUCUUCUGAAUUUUAAAAGGUUCUUGAAAUUUCUAGUGUUGAUUCAAGAAUUAAAUGGAUCAAAAUUGGUGUUAAUAACCAGAGUUUAACCAAAACCACGCCCAUCAUUAUCAUAUUUCCCAGCAUGAUCUAUUGCAGGUUAUUUUAUUUUUUCAAUAUCUAUGUGUGUGUAUAUAUAUAUAUUAUGUUGUUGUUGUACUUUUACGUGAUAUCCAAUUGGUACUUACAGUCGUGGUAUUGGUCUUCACAAAGUUUGCUGCUUCAGUGUUUUUAGAUAUUUUUGUCAGAUGUUACUAGGGUAUACUGAAGUAUAAUUACAAGCAUUCCAUAAGUGUUAAAGGCUUUUAUUGACAAUUACAUUUAGUUUAUGCAAAGAGUCAAUAUUUGCAGUGUUGACCCUUCUUUUUCAAGACCUCUGCAAUCCGCCCUGGCAUGCUGUCAAUUAACUUCUGGGCCACAUCCUGACUGAUGACAGCCCAUUCUUGCAUAAUCAAUGCUUGGAGUUUGUCAGAAUUUGUGGGUUUUUGUUUGUCCACCCGCCUCUUGAGGAUUGACCACAAGUUCUCAAUGGGAUUAAGGUCUGGGGAGUUUCCUGGCCAUGGACCCAACAUUUCGAUGUUUUGUUCCCCGAGCCACUUAGUUAUCACUUUUGCCUUAUGGCAAGGUGCUCCAUCAUGCUGGAAAAGGCAUUGUUCGUCACCAAACUGUUCUUGGAUGGUUGGGAGAAGUUGCUCUCAGAGGAUGUGUUGGUACUAUUCUUUAUUCAUGGCUGUGUUCUUAGGCAAAAUUGUGAGUGAGCCCACUCCCUUGGCUGAGAAGCAACCCCACACAUGAAUGGUCUCAGGAUGCUUUACUGUUGGCAUGACACAGGACUGAUGGUAGCGCUCACCUUGUCUUCUCCGGACAAGCUUUUUUCCGGAUGCCCCAAACAAUCGGAAAGGGGAUUCAUCAGAGAAAAUGACUUUACCCCAGUCCUCAGCAGUCCAAUCCCUGUACAUUUUGCAGAAUAUCAGUCUGUCCCUGAUGUCUUUCCUGGAGAGAAGUGGCUUCCUCACUGCCCUUCUUGACACCAGGCCAUCCUCCAAAAGUCUUCGCCUCACUGUGCGUGCAGAUGCACUCACACCUGCCUGCUGCCAUUCCUGAGCAAGCUUUGCACUGGUGGUGCCCCGGUCCCGCAGCUGAAUCAACUUUAGGAGACGGUCCUGGCACUUGCUGGACUUUCUUGGGCGCCCUGAAGCCUUCUUCACAACAAUUGAACCUCUCUCCUUGAAGUUCUUGAUGAUCCGAUAAAUGGUUGAUUUAGGUGCAAUCUUACUAGCAGCAAUAUCCUUGCCUGUGAAGCCCUUUUUGUGCAAAGCAAUGAUGACGGCACGUGUUUCCUUGCAGGUAACCAUGGUUAACAGAGAAAGAACAAUGAUUUCAAGCACCACCCUCCUUUUAAAGCUUCCAGUCUGUUAUUCUAACUCAAUCAGCAUGACAGCGUGAUCUCCAGCCUUGUCCUCGUCAACACUCUCACCUGUGUUAACGAGAGAAUCACUGACAUGAUGUCAGCUGGUCCUUUUGUGGCUGGGCUGAAAUGCAGUGGAAAUGUUUUUUUGGGAUUAAGUUCAUUUUCAUGGCAAAGAGGGACUUUGCAAUUAAUUGCAAUUCACCUGAUCACUCUUCAUAACAUUCUGGAGUAUAUGCAAAUUUCUGUCAUAAAAACUGAGGCAGCAGACUUUGUGAAAAUUAAUAUUUGUGUCAUUCUCAACUUUUGACCACGACUGUACAGUCUUGUCCCAUCGCUGCAACUCCGCUACGGACUCGGGAGAGGCUACAUUCUCAGAAACAUGACCCUGCUUCUUGACACACUGCUCGCUUAACCUGGAAGCCAGCCGCACCAAUGUGUCAGUGGAAACACCGUCCAGCUUGCGACCGGCCUGCCACAAGGAGUCACUAGAGUGCGAUGGGACAAGGAAAUCCUGGCCGGCCAAACCCUCCCCUAACCCGGACGACGCUGGCCAAUUGUGCUCCACCUCAUGGGUCUCCCGGUCACGGCCGGCUCAAGCAGUGACGCCUCAAGCACUGCGAUGCAGUGACUUACACCGCUGCGCCACUCGGGAGGCCCAAUAUCUAUGGUUUUGCAUGUACAUUGAUUGAUUAAUUCAUCUCAUGCUAACAUACAUGUUUCUAAACUAUUCCAAUCCGUUACUGAAAUGGUUGUUCCAGUUUAGAUGUUUAAGGUAGUCUCAUAUUUUAGUCUUCCCAACCCUGGAGGUCAUACUGAAUACAGGUUGUGGGUGGAUAAAAAAAUCCAACAUUUUGGUUAGCCCCACUGUGGCUGGAUUCCAAUAGGAAUUACACAUCACUUUCCAAGCCAACAUAAUGUGACUUGCAGGCCUAAUGUGGCCUGUAAACCAAGAGUUUCAGGCCACUGUAUUAGGGUAAAACUAGGCCCUCAAAAGAAGGCCUUAUAAAAUAUGUUUAAUUGUAUUUAUUUUUUUAAUGUAAUUUUAUGACAACAUAUUCACUUAGGAUCUCAAUUGGUGAAGGCCACAGGACUGAAUGUAUGAAUACAGCCAUGUCUCUGUCACUAGAAAACACAGUCAUGGGUGGUAACUCUAAAACUCACCCGAAAGGCACCAUGGGAAAAAUAGGGCUUUAAACCCUACAGCAGGGCUAUUGAAUUCUGGUCCUGCAUGGCCGAAACAUGUCUGGUGUUGGAUUUUUGUGUGGUUCUUCAAAGAACCAUCCCAUUUAUGGAUCUUCAGAGACCCUCAAAUGGGUCCCCUAUUGUACUUUUAUUUUUAAGAGUGUAGGGCUCUUUCUAAAACAAAAUGGCCUUUAUUCCUCGCAUCCGUCUUCUCACAAUCUCUCGUGGACAGACUACGUAAACUUAAAUGGUACCGUAGAUCUGUCAUGAUACAAGAGGAUGCAUGAGAUAACGAGCAGCAUUAGUACUGUGCUUUGGACAAAUCUUGAUUUCGCAGGUAUUAUAAUCUUUUGAAUUUCGGAAAUGGAGGGGACAUUUGGCCAAUAGACUUGCCUGUAACUCCGGUUCCGAUCCUCGUUCUAUCUCUUCUCUUAACACGUAUGGACCCAGAACAUAAUCGAGCAUCUGACCAAUUAAGCAAGACUUUAGUUCUGGGUUAACUGAGAUUAAUCUUCUCAAAACGCAUUGGGAUGGAGGGACCUUGGCCCUUCCCUCCAAUACAGUUGAGAAGGAGGCGAGAAAGGAGGUUAUGAGGAAUUACAGAAUUACUAAUUGAGAUAUAGAGAGAGACCUACAGGCUCUUUCUGACAGUCAUCCUUAUCUAGCUCUUAUUUUGCUCUUCAUCUUUCUAUUCUCACCUUCUCUGUCUGUCUCCCUUCCCUAUGGAAUGGUCUAGUAAAACGCACCUGUGUUUUUGUGGUGUUGUUUUUUAGGGUAGAUUUCUUGGCUUGUUAAAAUGCUUAUGUGUGUGUGUGUGUGUGUGUGUGUGUGACUGUUAUGGUUUCUUGGCAGCCUUUCUGUGGAACAGCCCUGUUAAAGAUGGUUUUGGUUUUUCUGUGGUUCUUUGCAGGUUUUACAUGAAACUUUUCCACAACACACGUUUCUGAUGAAUGGCCUCAUUCAAGGGGUGAAGGUAAGAUAUCAGACUUAGAAAUAACUAAAUACUAACAGUUUUGUUUAGCAAAGACUACAAACAGUAUAUCUUCCAAAACAUAAACCAAUUAUGUCAUUUAUUGAUCACUGCUAUGCUACAGAGGACCCAUCCAUAGAGUUGCAUCCCUGAGCGAUUGAACAAAUGCAGCACACUAAACUGUAUUCUGUGUACUCUAGCUCAUCUUUUUUCAGUAUCUUAUUUCAUAAUAAGUGCAUGUUUAUUAUAGGUAAUUUCAGGAUACCGUAGAGCAGCCAUUUUCGUGCUGCUACUUGAUUGUAAUCAAGCUCACUCUCAUUUCCACUAAAGAUGAAUGAGGCUUCUCAUUAUGGGUUCCCGGUAACCAUGACAUUUUUAACAGACACUCCUCCCCUCUUCACCCUCCUCCUCAACAGGGUCUUCUGUCCUUCAUGAGUGCCCCUCUGAUUGGUGCCUUGUCAGACGUGUGGGGCAGACGGUCCUUCCUACUGGUCACUGUGUUCUUCACCUGCGCCCCCAUCCCGCUUAUGAGACUCAGUCCCUGGUAAGACCGCCCGUUUCUGCUGGCCAAGGAAAAAACACUUUUGUGAUUUGGUUUAGUAUUCAUUGUGUAUUUGAUUAGAAUUAAACAAUACGCACAUUUAAACAUGAAAUCUACACUCUUAAAAGUAAAAACAUAUAGGGUUUUUCGGUUUGUCCCCAUAGGGGAACCCUUUUUGGUACUACCUAGAACCCUCUUUGAAGGUUUCCGCCUAGAACCCUCUAUGAAGGGUUCUACCAAGAACCCUUUUAUCCUCUAAAGAUUCUCCCUAGAAAUCUUGAUGAAAGGUACCACCGAGAGCCCUUUUAUGUUUGAAGGGUUCUUCCUAGAACCCUCUAUGAGCACUUCCACCAGCCAUAUUAGCCUUUAAAGUUAAAGUCUUUAGGACAAUACAUUACAUAUAUCAAAAGCCCUAUCUUUGAGGGCCUAGGUAUACCCUGACACUGGUGUUAGGAAACUCCUUGUUUACAGGCCACAUCAGGCUUGCAAAUCACAUUAUGCUCACUUGCAAAGUGAUGUGUAAUUCCUGUUGAAAUCCAGCCAGAGUUAGGAUAUCUCACAACUGAAACUUUUGAUGACCCUCAAUCUUUAGUGAUGGGGUAAACUAAGCUUCUUGAAGCAUUGAGGGUAUCCAGCCAAUUGUGUGUCGAAAAUAGGUUCAUUACUCAAGCCUUUGAUCAACAAAGUGUACACUAGUGGCACCUGCUGGUCAAAAGAAUUUAGAGCAGCCAAAUUAUUAUAUAUGACGUCCCACACACCGUAGCGUGUACGCAGGGUACCCUUGCACUUGCGUUUUGGUACACUAUAAGUACAUUAAUUUCCAAUGGAACGCUGCGUUUGCCUUGCAGCAUUGCUUUGCAGAGGUAGUUGCACUGUGUUCUGUGUGGUACAUACACUGCUCAAAAAACUAAAGGGAACAGUAAAAUAACACAUCCUAGAUCUGAAUGAAUGAAAUAAUCUUAUUAAAUACUUUUUUCUUUACAUAGUUGAAUGUGCUGACAACAAAAUCACACAAAAAUUAUCAAUGGAAAUCAAAUUUAUCAACCCAUGGAGGUCAGGAUUUGGAGUCACCCUCAAAAUUAAAGUGGAAAACCACACUACAGGCUGAUUCAACUUUGAUGUAAUGUCCUUAAAACAAGUCAAAAUGAGGCUCAGUAGUGUGUGUGGCCUCCACGUGCCUGUAUGACCUCCCUACAACGCCUGGGCAUGCUCCUGAUGAGGUGGCGGAUGGUCUCCUGAGGGAUCUCCUCCCAGACCUGGACUAAAGCAUCCGCCAACUCCUGGACAGUCUGUGGUGCAACGUGGCGUUGGUGGAGCGAGACAUGAUGUCCCAGAUGUGCUCAAUUGGAUUCAGGUCUGAGGAACGGGCGGGCCAGUCCAUAGCAUCAAUGCCUUCCUCUUGCAGGAACUGCUGACACACUCCAGCCACAUGAGGUCUAGCAUUGUCUUUCAUUAGGAGGAACCCAGGGCCAACCACACCAGUCUGAGGAUCUCAUCUCGGUACCUAAUGGCAGUCAGGUUACCUCUGGCGAGCACAUGGAGGGCUGUGCGGCCCCCCAAAGAAAUGCCACCCCACACCAUGACUGACCCACCGCCAAACCGAUCAUGCUGGAGGAUGUUGCAGGCAGCAGAACGUUCUCCACGGCGUCUCCAGACUCUGUCACGUCUGUCACAUGUGCUCAGUGUGAACCUGCUUUCAUCUGUGAAGAGCACAGGGCGCCAGUGGGGAAUUUGCCAAUCUUGGUGUUCUCUGACAAAUGCCAAACAUCCUGCACAGUGUUGGGUUGUAAGCACAACCCCCACCUGUGGACGUCGGGCCCUCAUACCACCCUCAUGGAGUCUGUUUUUGACCGUUUGAGCAGACACAUGCACAUUUGUGGCCUGCUGGAGGUCAUUUUGCAGGGCUCUGGCAGUGCUCCUCCUUGCACAAAGGCGGAGGUAGCAGUCCUGCUGCUGGGUUGUUGCCUUCCUACGGUCUCCUCCACGUCUCCUGAUGUACUGGCCUGUCUCCUGGUAGCGCCUCCAUGCUCUGGACACUACGCUGACAGACACAGCAAACCUUCUUGCCACAGCUCGCAUUGAUGUGCCAUCCUGGAUGAGCUGCACUACCUGAGCCACUUGUGUGGGUUGUAGACUCUGUCUCAUGUUACCACUAGAGUGAAAGCACCGCCAGCAUUCAAAAGUGACCAAAACAUCAGCCAGGAAGCAUAGGAACUGAGAAGUGGUCUGUGGUCACCACCUGCAAAACCAGUCCUUUAUUGGGGGUGUCUUGCUAAUUGCCUAUAAUUUCCACCUGUUGUCUAUUCCAUUUGCACAACAGCAUGUGAAAUGUAUUGUCAAUCAGUGUUGCUUCCUAAGUGGACAGUUUGAUUUCACAGAAGUGUGAUUGACUUGGAGUUAUUGUGUUGUUUAAGUGUUCCCUUUAUUUUUUUGAGCAGUGUACAAACAUUUGAUUUAUCAAACGUAUGCGUCAAACUGUAUGGGUAAACGGGUUGACAGAAAUCGUAGCAGAAGGUGAAUGUUGAGCUUUUGUUGCACACAUAUCUAGCUGGUGCUGCAUACUUUUUUGCGCAUUACACAGUCGGUGUGUUCAAAGCGUUAAUGUCUUCUACCGAAACCAAUACCAAACCAAUCAGGUGGUUGUUUGAAAAAUUGAUACAGGCACUUCGAAGUAAACUCCUUAACAAUUUCGACGCAUGUCUGGCGUACCGUUCUCAAAUGUAAUAUCACUAGCAAUCUGCAUUCAGAAUGACUGCAAAUGUAGGGAAGAGACUACCUAAAUCCUCUAAACUGGAACAAUCAUCUCAGUAACGGGUACAAUAAAUCCAACUACUAACAGAUUGGAUUAGUUUAUGAAAAAGCAUGUUAUCGGUUUAGCAUAAGAUUAAUCAACCAUUCAAUGUACAUGCAAAAACACAGAUAUUGAUACAAACAAUUCUGAAAAUCUACCUGCAAUAGAGCAUGCUGGGAAAUAUGAUAAUGAUGGGCAUGGUUUUGAGUCUUUUACUCUAGUAAAAAUAACACAAUCACUCGACUGGUUAUUAAAACAUUCUCACGCCUAUCUUUUUAAAUUGAUCAGAUUACUCAAACUCCUGAUGUUAGUCUAAACACUGAGGUAAACACUAAUGCUUUGGCAGUAUUUAAAGUUGAACUGACAGCGUUUUAACUACUUUGCAGAUAUGAAACAGACAAUCAUAAUAUCAAUCAAAAAUAUAAAAUUCCCAGUUUAUACUUCAAACCAACUUUAUAAGAGGUUUUAAAGAUAGGUUCUAUUUGACUCAACAUUCCAUGAUGUACAGUAAGGCAUUGUUGGCAGAAUAUAUGGAUGUAGUUCAAUGCAUUAUUCAUAUAAUUCACCAAUACAUUUCUUGGUAGUCCCCAAAAUAUUGCUAUCAGGUUGUAAAUAUCGCUGACCUGGUACAUAUUCUGCUGCCGCCACCCAUUCGGGAUGCACCGUUUCAAUUUUUAACGACUGUAACUAAGGCUGGGAAUGUCAAUACAAUCAAACUAGCAAGGGUAAUGAUCACAAGUCAGUCAUAACGUGGCUAACACAAGGCCUGUGGGCCAAAUAGGACACACAAGCGAGUGUAAAUGAGUCAAGAGUUGAGUCAUCUACUUUAUGAAAUUACAGCCUGAUGCGCUCGCAUUGUUAAUUAAACUUAAACUGCGCUGCUUUCGUGUGUCCCGUUUACAUCACGCAGCCGUGGGAAAGUGUACAGACACAUGCCACAGUCCUAGCUAGGCUACUAAAAUGUUGCAGUCUGGCUUCGGUUUUUAAAAGUUUGACAAUGAUUAACCAAAAAACAAAACCUGCAACAAAACACCAUGCAAAAGAGAAAAAUGAAAGCCAAUUACAGCAACAUUUGAGCAGUAGCCUAGGUUGGCUACUCAACUACAAUACAUUUUGAGUGCACCAUACAGCAAUGCUGCAUUGAACCGCACUGGUGAUCCAUUAAGUGCAAAAAAAUAAGCAAACAUGUUUUAAGUUGAAAUGUUACAACAACCUAUAGCAAAGCUUUUGUUAUUUUAAGUUAUUAAAUACUUUUUGAUUAGGGUCGCAGCAUAUAAUGCACAUCUGCAAGCAUAGCAGCACAGGCUGCAACAUUUUCAAAAAAACAGUUUUUGCUUUGUCAUUAUGGGGUAUGGGGUAUUGUGUGUAGAUUGAUGAGGGGGGAAAAAACUAUUUAAUCCAUUUUAGAAUAAGGCUGCAACAUAACAACAUGUGGAAAAUGUCAAGGGGUCUGAAUACUUUCCGAAUGCACUGUAAGUGGACAUUAUAAAGGGCCAUAUUUUUUCUAAUAAAACAAUGGCCAGUUUGAGUCACAGUUGCAUGUUUUUUUUGUAAAAACAAAUAGGCUAUGUCUGGCCCGCAAAUUAGUUGUUUUUUCAAUAUGGGCCUUGCGCUUAUUGAGUUUGACACCCCUGGGCUAGCGUAUCUAUUUAUGUAAUUAACUAUUUAUUUAGCAAGCUAAAAACACAAAGCCUAACAUUAGCUAGCUAGCUAGCUGCUGGGAGGAUGUCGUGUCAUUGGAGGAGUGGGUUAGUGACUGACUUUUUCCCCUCAUAUCGUUUUUCUUUGGCUACAUCUAGAGAUGCUGCAGGUGUCAUUUGGUUAGCUAGCAAGAAAUGUGAAACGCUUUGCUAGUUGUUAUACACAGUUAACAUAUCUCUUAGUUGUAUUUGGCAUUGAUCAAAUGGGCGGGGAGGCAGGCAAGUUCCCAUUCAGUUGUCAAAAUGUGCGUUGGGACAAGCGUGCAUUGGCAGGCAAGCUGCAAAAGGACGAGCAGGCUACUAUUCCCCAUCGUUUAUCAGUGCAAUUUUGAAGGCCAACUAGCAGAAAAAGUUUAAGAGGGUUUAUCUAAUGUUCCUUCGUUAGAUUUUAGCUUAUCUCGCUCUAGCUAGCAUUAGUUGUUGAUCUUGUUGUUGUUGAUGUGCAUAGGCAACUGAGGGAGAGAACAUACCUUUUCAUGGUUGUUUGAGAAAUAGGAUUUUAAAGUUCCCAAAUGUAUUUACAUAUUUGCAGAAAUCCAUUCAGGUGUAUUGUGUGGCUUUUGGCGAAUGCGUUCUAAUGAUCUAAAGUGGCACUCUUGCUACUACCUGUAAACACACAGUCCAGUUCAAAGUGAAUGAUGGUAGGCCCGUGUGGCAAAUGGCUUAUUUGCAUAUAGGCCUACUGUAGCUCUGAUUGGCUAUGGCGCACCUGUCUGCUUAGACUCCAGUCCUGGACAGGACAGAUGUUGUUAUUUGGUUUUAUUUACUGCAGUGUCUAUUAAUUGUCCAAACGCACGGCCGCUUUCCCACUCUAUAUUGCUAUAGAAUUUUCACAAAUGCCUUACUAUACAUCAUUCCUAAACAUUCUAUGUAUUUACGAAAACAUGAAAAUAGAUAUCUAAGUGCUUGUCAGAAAAUGUUAAAAAAAAGAUGUCAUUCUUCCUGGGGAAGCAAAAAAUGCUGUCAGUUCCACUUUAAAAGAAAUAAAAAAAAGUUACAAUAGAAAAAGCUUAUUCAGAUUCAGAAGGGUUCUACAGUCUUGCCUUCCAAAGACUCUUUCUUGCCUUCCAAAGAAUCAUCAAAGAACCCUUCUUCCAAAAAUGGUUCUUAGGACAUGAAAGGUUCUAGGUAGAACCCUUUGCCUUACAAAGAAACCUUGUCUUCCAAAAGGGAUCUUCAAAUGGUAGAAAUCCUUCCGCAAAUAACCUUUUUGGAACCCUUUUGUCUAAGAGUGUGGUCUUUGUCCAAAUGUAAAAGUGCUGUUUUAAAUGAAAAUACUAUAUUAUCCCUCCUAUGCACACACCACAAUAUAGUUAGUUGUCUGUUUUACCAAUUUUAGUCAGAAUUUGUAAUUGGUAAACACUUUAAGACUGUCAAGUAAUUUGUCACAGAAUCUCUAUCUUUAGAGUCUGAAGGAGUAUUUGUACAUGAUGUGAAAUGCACUUGCUUGAAUGUGACUGACUGGCAGUUUGAGAAGAGUCUAACUGACAAUUUUCCCUCCCUCAGGUGGUACUUUGCAGCGAUUUCCAUGUCAGGGGCUUUCUCUGUCACCUUCUCUGUCAUCUUCGCUUAUGUCGCUGAUGUCACGGAGGAGCAUGAGAGAAGCACAGCAUAUGGACUGGUAAAAAGUUAUUUUUAUUAUGAUGUCCAGUAUCUUUCUCAUUUGAUUCCCAUGUUGAUUGGGGGUAGAGGAGAAUUUUAUCUUUCCAUCUUUCCAAUUCUAUCUGACAAUUAUGUGGGUAAAGAUCAAGUUCUGUAAUUCUAUAUGGGUUAUGCAAUGUGCUCUUUUGUGCUUAGAAUAGAUGUUGGUAGUGUCAUGUUCCUGCAAGCCUUCACACAGUGGUUUUCAUAUCUCAUACAGUUGUGUCAUGAUGGGUCCCUUGAGGUCACAGCAUGCAGUAAAUCAAAUCAAAUCAACGUUUAUUUGUCGUGUACACAGAUUAGCAGAUGUUAGGUGGAGCCAAAUGCUUGUAGUAUAGCAUAUCCCAUUGAAUUCUUCAAUCCUUUUAUCUUUGUAUUUUGAACUACAUUUCCUUUGUAGCUUAACCACUUGUGAAAUGUGAAAAAUGGCUGCAUCCCUGACAAUUGGGUCGUUGACAGCUAUUGGCUCCAAUACAAUAAAAAAAACACACAACACAAAACACACAACAGGACUUCAUGAAAAACAGUUACAAUUGUCACUGAGUGGAUAUCAUGAUUAAAUAUAAACUGACCUGGAAACAACUUUAGUUCCAAACACACGUUCUCCUCCUGUGUCCCUAGGUGUCGGCUACGUUUGCAGCCAGCCUGGUGACGAGUCCAGCCAUCGGGGCGUACCUGUCCGCGUGUUACGGUGACAACCUGGUGGUGUUGGUGGCUACACUGGUUGCUCUGGCAGACAUCUGUUUCAUCCUGCUGGCCGUGCCAGAGUCCCUUCCGGAGAAGAUGAGGCUCAACACCUGGGGAGCACCCAUCACCUGGGAGCAAGCCGACCCAUUCCAGGUGAGUGCUAUGCCAUGCCAUGCCAUGCCAUGCCAUGCCAUGCCAUGCUGAGUAGGCUACAUCAGCUAAUGGUUUCAUCAGUGUCAGUGUCCUUUUUUUAAAGACUUUGGAGUCUCUCUGUUGUUUAAAAUACUUUGGUGUCUCUGUUGUUUAAAAUACUUUGGUGUCUCUCUGUUGUUUAAAAUACUUUGGUGUCUCAUGUUUGCAGUCAAUGAGGAAAGUGGGGAAGGAUCCCACGGUUCUUCUCAUCUGUAUAACAGUGUUCCUGUCCUACCUACCUGAAGCUGGCCAAUACUCCAGCUUUUUUCUCUACCUUAGACAGGUAAAUAUCCAGCUUGUCCUGUAUCUUAGACAGGACAACUCCUCUACAUUUACCUGAACCAUCUGGCAGUAAACUUGAGAUUCAAUUCAAUACAACUUUAUUUAUCCCCUUAGGGGCAAUUAAGAAAACCAUGCCAGAUUGCAAAUGAUAACAUCAUCUACAUAAAAUACAAGUACAACAAACAACAAGUUAUUUCAGCACACAGUGUUGUUUACCUCCGGUUCAGUUCAUUUUAGUUCGGUGACUAUAAUUAUAGAGAUGGUGUUCUUUCGCUGUUCUUUUUAGAUCCACUUGUACAACUCUCUCUCCAUUGAGCACAGUCAAGUGCUAGUCAUUUAGCAUAGUGGCGUUACUUUGCCUUGGACCCUUGGAGCAAAGAGAGAAAGAGAGAGGCUAAUGCUGUUUUAUGUUUUCUCUCUCUCCAUCUUUGGCUCUGUUUCUUUCUUUCUUUCUUUUUCUCUCUGUCUCUCUGUCUCUCUCUCUCUAUCCCCACUCAGGUCAUUAACUUUUCAUCGGCAACGAUCGCAGUGUUCAUCGGGGUGGUUGGAAUCCUCUCCAUCAUAGCCCAGGUACAUAUCUGACGCAAUGGUGACCGUCUGCUACUCCAUUUAACUGUGUCUGUGGGGAACUGCAAUGUGUUAACGAACAAUCAUGUCCUUUGGAAUGUAUUUAAUCUAGCUCCACAUUUAGAUCUAAAUCAUGUCGACAUAGCCUUAGCCUGCCCGUUCUAUCCUACUUAAAAGAAAAGCAUUCUAAAGUAAUGUAGCAAAUCGUGUAAUUCCUAUGCAUACAAUAUUUCUGAAGAAUGUGCCUACAAUACAUAUGAAAUAAAUUAGCAAUCUGUAAAGCACUUAUGACAACUUCUGAUAUAAAAUGGGCAUUAUAAAUACAUUUGUUUGAUUGGUUAAUUGAGAAUUGUUGUUGCAGACACUUAUCCUGACAGUCUUGAUGAGAACGAUCGGAAACAAGAACACAGUUCUACUGGGCCUGGGCUUCCAGAUUCUACAGCUGGCCUGGUACGGCUUUGGAUCAGAACCAUGGUGGGUCACCUUUAACUCUAUGUUCACUGUGGUUAGUGGAGUAUGAUCUACAGAGCUGUCCUACAUAAAGUUAGCAAACAGAUUUGUUUUUCUAUUGACUAAGAAAUGUAUUACAUGUAAAAUCUGUACGUUUAUGUAGCUACUGGUAUAUCUUUCUCCCUCAUCUCAGAAUCGAUCUAAAAUGAAAAGAGAAGGUGGAUCGGGAAUCGAUUUUGUCAAAGAUCAUUGAGCAUGCUCAGCAGGGCUGGUCCUGAGUGUGGGACUCCUUAGAGUGGGUCCAUUUAGCUAAGUGAUGUCUCAGACUGUAUGUGUCUGGAGCUAACCACUGUCUCCUCUGUGUCUCUUUCUCUUUCGCUGUGGUUUUUAGGAUGAUGUGGGCUGCGGGUGCAGUAGCAGCCAUGUCUAGUAUCACCUUUCCUGCAGUGAGCGCCCUGGUGUCUCACAGCGCAGACCCAGAUAAGCAGGGUAAGACAUUCCCCUUAUUUCCCUUUACUGUAUGUAAUCUAUCCAUUUGUCAUGCUCUAAGGCAUUCCCUUUUUUCCUUCAUGUAAUCUAUCCAUUCAUCCUGUUCUCUACGGUACUACCUUUCCACCUCCGUAGUCCUUUUGAAAGUGAAUAAAUGUGUAUAUUUUUAAAUACAUUUUUUACUAACAUUUUCCAUUAAGACACAUCACAGCAUACAAAUGCAUGGAUGUUUUUAACUUUGACUAUUUUGUUUCAUAGCAGACCUAUCCUGUUAACAUUUGAAUUUGUUUUUAUAAUAGACUUUUAUCAGAAACAGACCCUCAUGGAUGUUUAUGUAUAUGGUGUGUUUUCUGUGAUGUCAUGCUGUUUAUGUGUUCUGCCCAGGAACCGCAGAUGGUCUAUGUAGCUACAUGUGGUACACAUCGUUCCUGACAAAUAAACUAAUAACCUUUCUCUCCUCAGGUCUGGUGCAAGGAAUGAUCACUGGAAUCCGGGGCCUGUGUAACGGUCUGGGCCCUGCGCUGUAUGGCCUUAUCUUCUUCAUGUUCAACGUAGAGCUGAACACCAUUGACCCCAUCCAGGGAGAAUACCCCAUCGACCCUAUACCUAUAAACCCACCGGCUGAGGUAAAUGAAUUACUAUCUAACACCAAUAUAACAUUCUCAUUCUGCCUCUAGGGCCAGCCAGACUAGCCGUAUACAUCUCUCUUCUUUAGCUUUAAAACAUAUUUAUUCCUAAGUAAGCGCUUGCAAUCUUUAUGUAGCUGUAAUCCUGUAUCUUUCUGUUUCUUUAUUCAGAGAUGGGUGGUAUUAUUUGUGUUAUAUGAAUGUGAGAUCAAGUUCCUACAGAAAAAUAAGUUAUAUAUGAAGUGUUUGAUUCCAAAACACGAUAAAUUGCAAUUUUGAAAUGAAAUUGCUCAUGGGUCCGUUUCUGAAAUGAAUGCUCAGGGAUCCCUUUCUAUGUGUAUGAAUUAUGGCUGUUCUCAUACUUUUAAAACAUUUACUUUAGAUGUUCUUUAAAAUGUUUUUUUUUUUGCUAAACGCAAUAUGCGACACACUUGUUUCAUACCAAAACGUGCUAUAUCCAGAGCCAUGUGUAUAGAGAGUUGGGACAUUGGGUUUUCUGCAUUAUGAUGCAUUUACAUGACACUACAAAAUUAUAUGGCAGCCAUGUUACCACCCGAUUAUCAUUACACAGGGAAUAUUUUAAAAAUGCUAUGUUACUGAAUGUCUAGAAUUAGAACAAUAUUCAAAAUUCUAAAAGUUGGCCCAACUCUAAAUACAGUGCCUUCAGAAAGUAUUCAUACCCCUUGACUUAUUCCACAUUUUGUUGUGUUAAAGCCUGAAUUCAAAAUUGAUUAAAUAAAUACAAAAUCUCACCCAUCUAAACACAUACCUCAUAAUGACAAAGUGAACAUAUGUUUUUGAAAUGUUUUCAGAUUGAUUGAAAAUGAAAUACAAAAAUAUCUAAUUUACAUAAGUAUUCACACCCCUGAGUCAAUACAUUGUAGAAGCACCUUCGGCAGUGAUUACAGCUUUGAGUCUUUCUGGGUAAGUCUCUAAUUUAAAAAAAAUAUAUAUAUUUCACCUUUAUUUAACCAAGUAAGCCAGUUGAGAACAAGUUGUCAUUUACAACUGCGACCUGGCCAAGAUAAAGCAAAGCAGUGCGAUAAAAAAAACAACAACACAGAGUUACAUAUGGGAUAAACAAAACGUACAGUCAAUAACACAAUAGAAAAUCUAUAUACAGUGUGUGCAAAUGUAGUAAGUUAUGGCGGUAAGGCAAUAAAUAGGCCAUAGUGCAAAAUAAUUACAAUUUGAGUAUUAACACUGGAAUGAUAGAUGUGCAGAAGAUGAUGUGCAAAUAGAGAUAGUGGGGUGCAAAUGAGCAAAAUAAAUAACAAUAUGGGGAUGAGGUAGUUGGGUGAGCUAAUUACAGAUGGGCUGUGUACAGGUGCAGUGAUCGGUAAGCUGCUCUGACAACUGAUGCUUAAAGUUAGUGAGGGAGAUAAGAGUCUCCAGCGUCUGAGAUUUUUGCAGUUUGUUCCAGUCAUUGGCAGCAGAGAACUGGAAGGAAUGGCGGCCAAAGGAGGUGUUUGCUUUGGGGAUGACCAGUGAGAUACAGUGGGGAGAACAAGUAUUUGAUACACUGCCGAUUUUGCAGGUUUUCCUACUUACAAAGCAUGUAGAGGUCUGUAAUGUUUAUCAUAGGUACACUUCAACUGUGAGAGACGGAAUCUAAAACAAAAAUCCAGAAAAUCACAUUCUUACGAAUUCUGCGUUAACGUGACCCCUAAGUUUAACUUGCUAUCUAAGUAAGUUACUUAAUUAAUAUGGUGACGGGGCAUCAUAUUGUGUAAGUUUUCUGCCGUGUUUGAGAAGUCAAAGCCCUUUGGAUGAGUUAUCUGAACAUCUGCCACUACUAUCUUUUGAUUUCCUUGCGUUUUUCUCCUCCGUUCUCGGCCCGUCUGCUCCUCCCCCAUCUUCGCAGAGCAGGCAGGCCCUUUUCCCUAACGACUCCAGACAGACACAGUGUGUACACAAACUUUUGUUAAUUUGCACAAUGUCUCUCAUUCACAUUCGCUUGUAAAUGUCCAAACUCACCAGUUAGCAUAUUUAGCUAGCAGCCUCCAUGGAAAUCCGCUAUUACCUGUGCUAAUUUUGUUAGCAUUCUGGUAGCAGAUGCCCAAUGGUCUUUUUUGCGUUUUUUUGGUCGCACCCUUGUGUACUAAACCGGUAAUCCCGUAAUGAUCAUAUGAAAAUCUGGAAACUGCCCAACCCUACUGUAGAAGCUUCCUUCUUUUCACCCUGUCAGUUAGGAUAGUAUUGUGGAGUAACUACAAUGUCGAGUUUUCUCCUAUCACUGUAACUGUUCUAAAGUCACCAUUGGCCUCAUGGUGAAAUCCCUGCGCGUUUUCCUUCCUCUCCUUCAACUGAGUUAGGAAGGAUGCGUGCAUCAUUAUGACUUGGUGUAUUGAUACACCAUCAAAAGUGUAAUUAAUAACUUCACCAUGCUCAAAGGGAUAUUCAAUGUGUGCUUUUUUUUAUUUGUACCCAUCUACCAAUAGGUGCCCCUCUUUGCGAGGCAUUGGAAAACUUCCCUGAUCUGUGUUUGAAAUUCACUGCUCGACUGACGGACCUUACAGAUAAUUGUAUGUGUGGGGUACAGAGAUGAGGUAGUCAUUCAAAAUUCAUGUUAAACUAUAUUAUUGCACAGAGUGAGUCAAUGCAACUUAUUAUGUGACUUGUUAAGCAAGUUUUUACUCCUGAACUUAUUUAAGCUUGCCAUAACAAAGGGGUUGAAUACUUAUUGACUCAAGCUUUUCAUGUAAAAUUAAUUUGUAAACAUUUCUAGAAACAUAAUUCCACUUUGACAUUAUGAGGUGUUGUGUGUAGGCCAGUGAAAAGUAGGUGCUGUAACACAACAAAAUGUGCAAAAAGUCAAGGGUUGUAAGUUAGUGUUGCGCGGGUCAGCUAUUUGUUCACCCGCACCCGCCCGCAAUUGCUAAUAACCCAUCUGCAACCACCCAACUAUAUGUGAUAAAGUGAAAAUCUGAGGCCCGCACCCAACCCUAACCCGCAAAUAUAGAAAAUGCACUAUAGGCUACAGUCAAAGAUGGCAGAAAGAUUUUCUUGACAGGGGGUGCAGGACUUUUUUGUUGCCUGAUUUAGAUGCGUUUCAGUUUAUAAUUUCUGACAUUUUGGUAGGCAAUUUUUUUGUAAACUUGUUUAUAAUUAGAUACAUGUAGCUUCUUUUUUGUCAUUAUAUGUUGCCCUAGAAGACUAAAUAAAAAAAGAGGGAAAGAUUUUCUGUGCAAAAUGUCCAAAUGACAUUAGUUUCACAGAAAGCUGUGAAAAGACCCAAUGUGUUUUUGAUAAGAUUUCAGUUAGUCUUCGAUGCAUAUUUUAUGUGGUUGAAAUACCAUAAGCUUUUAUGAUGAAGACAGCACCUCUACAGAUGGUAUCAACUGAGCAUUGCAUUCUCUCAAGAUGCAGAAAUAAAUAAAUCAUAUUUCUCCACUCCUGUUCCCAAGUCCAAAUUUAGCCUACAUUGGUGUAUAAUUUUACUGCAAGAAAUACUUAAUUCUGCAGGAGUUAUUAUUAAGGCUAUGUGAGAGGUUAUAGACCUACAGUCAUGUCCAGAUUUCAGUUCCCUUGACAUGCCAUAGGCCUAUUUGAAGUCCCCAUCUUGAGACAGUCGAAUUUGUAUAGCGCCUCAAUUAUCACAAUUAUCACACAUAAUAUAGCCGGCACUGCUAUCAUCCUCUUUUACCACUUUACCAAAUAUGGCCCUCCCUUCUCUUUAUUUUCAACUCUUCUUUCGCCCUUCAGCCACACAAUAUUUAAUUACCCUAAACCCGUCCGGCCCGCGGAUAUAUAACCGCGGGGACUGCGGGUUAUGAGUCAACCCGCGCAUCACUAGUGUGAAUACUUUCUGAAGGCACUGUACUGUAUAUGGCUCUCGCUAUAUCCACUGUCCAGUUGCAUGGAACAUUACAUAUGGUUUUUGCCGCUGGUGCAAAAAUGAAUAAUUUAUAUUUGUCUGUUCAUUUGUACGGUAGGUUUCUCUAAAUAAUUUUUCCACACUUUGGAACGUAAUUAAAACCUUAUCUUAUUAAUUUAGGCUAACCCCUGGCUUAGUCAGCCAGAUGCAGUGAUAGAUAGCUGUCACUCUCAGCUGUUUGCACGUUGGCUACCUAGCGUUAUGUUAGCUUUGAACUCUUGAGUGUCAUGGACCUUUUGAUUACUAUGGAUCCCUUCAACAGUUUUUGGAGUCUGUGAAAUCUAUUACUGUUGGCCGAAAGAUAACUUUCUAAACAUGCUCAUAAAAAGGAGAGAGCCAAGAUCUAAUGACGGGAAACACUGCAAAUAGCGGGCUGUGUCACUCCGACAAUAAGAAUCAAUCCAUCCUUGAACGGCAAAUUAAUUGCGUCCUUAUUAUUCCUUAAAUCCUUCCCUAAAGAGUAUAUAAUAAAACUCAAAAAGCUUCCUAUCAUUUAUCCUAACAGAAAACCCCAUAAAACUCCCAUAACAUUUUUCAAAAAAUUGCUUAAAUGUCCAAAAAGAAAACACACAUUGUAUACACUGUUCACCCUCUGGAUACAAUAAAUCGGCUAUGUGAUAGGCUUUUUGCACAAUAUUGUUUAAACAAAUUGAUUAUUUUAUAUUUCAUGAACAGUCAAAACCAUGUUUUUCAUGAAAUUGGAUGAUAUUUGGAAGAUACCAGAUCAAAGUAUGAUGACCAAAGUAUGAAAAAUGGCUGUUGCUUCUACAUUGAUCAAAUUUGAUCAUAAAGUUACUGGUUCCCUCCCCCAUGUCAAACUCUUGGAUUCAGGAGGCGGGAUUAUUAAGGAGAUAGGGUGACAUCACCCUAACUCUCAUUUUAAUACACCAAUGGUAACAUGAUAUUCUUUUACUUAAUUUAAAUAAGUAUUUGGCGUGUUUGCUGAAGGGCGUGGUUUAUAUAGUUAGAUAGCUACUCUACUGGUGCCAAAAUUUGACUGUAGUGUGUCAGCAAAUAUAAUUAAAAGUUUGCCCUGUUCAUCUAUGGCAAAGAUGCAUAUGUCUCCCCUUUUCCUCUGUGUCUGGUGUUAGCUAGUUACUGGGUAGCUAGGUCUUCAGCCUGCAUGGAACAAAAGGGGGGGGAAGGGUUGUUUAAAACUCUGACGCAGAUGCAAUUUCAAUGUUGUUUGAGUUGGUUUGUGUAUCACCAAAUUAGCUUGAGAUGAUUUUACUGCAACACCACUCACUGCAUCCAAGUUCCUUGACAUAGGCGUUUCAAAGAGCUGUCGGUCAAGACAAGCUCAUGAGUAUAACCUCCCCGCCCACUGAGCCUGUCUUUUCAAACUUCCUGCUAGUUAGCCAUGAGAGAAAAACUACUUUUUCUCAGUUUGAACAUUUCUAUCCCCCAAAAAUAUUAUGGGUGAUAUUUUAGUCACUCAAAAGCUAUUUUACAUGGGAAUCAGAAUUGCUGUUUGGGAUCUUUUAAUAUUUAUUUAUGUAUAGAUAGGCCUACUUUAUUACAUGUAACUGUUUAAAACCCAAUCGGGAGUUCUGUUGUUUGGGUUGGAUAUAUAGCAUUUUGCCACUCUAAAAUAAAAUGAAACAUUAAGAACACCCCCUUGCCCUCAGAACAGCCUCAAUUCGUCGGGGCAUGGACUCUACAAGUUGUCAAAAGCGUUCCACAGGGAUGCUGGCCCAUGUUGACUCCAAUGCUUCCCACAGUUGUGUGAAGUUGGCUGGAUGUCCUUUGGGUAGUGCACCAUUCAUGAUACAAACGAGAAACUGUUGAGCGUGAAACCCAGCGGCGUCCAGUUCUUGACACAAACCAGUGCGCCUGGCACCUACCACCAUACCCCAUUCAAAGGCACUUAAAUCUUUGUCUUGCGCAUUCACCAUCUGAAUGGGACACAUACACAAUCAAUGUAUCAACUGUCUCAAGGCUUAAAAAUACGUAUUUAAACCAUCUCCUCCCCUUCAUCUCCACUGAUUGAAGUGAAUUUAACAAGUGACAUCAAUAAGGGAUCAUAGCUUUCACCUUGAUUUACCUGGUCAUUGUAUGUCAUUGAGCGGGUGUUCUUAAUGUUUUGUACACUCAGUGUAUUUCAAACAAAAUCAUGUCUGGGUUUUCAUGAAAAAAUUAUAGCUCUAGCUCUUUCACAAGAUCUGUUUUUAAUUCAUGUCCAUUUACCAACAUUUCUGAAAAUGGAUAUAUCGCGUUUUGGAAUAAAACUCUUCAUAUCUAUACUACCCUGUCUCUCUCCAUAAAGAAAUCCCUGAUCCCCGGCCCUCCCUUCCUCCUGGGCUCGUGCACGGUUGUCGUGGCGUUCCUGGUAGCCUUGUUUAUCCCUGAACACACUGAGCCUCCAGUUGUGACCUGUGCCGACACCAAGGAAACCUCCAUGCUAGCCGGUGUGCACAUCAACACCCUGUUACCGGGCAGCGACGAGGACACGCAAGUGCCGACCAGCGACGAGGACUUUGAGCCCCUGCUUCAGGACAGCAUCGUGUGA